AGUCGCACGCGGUCCCUACUCUAUAAAUACAAAACAAAAACGUAACAAACCCAUUUCAAACAUUUAUCUCACGACCGAGUCCCCACCCCACACACACACACACACACACACACCGACUCUCACACUACUCCCAUUUAAUCAACCCACACACAAUUAUGGCGGUGGUCGUUAUCGACGGAUCCACGGUUAGGAACUUCGUCAACGACGAACCUCACUUCAACAAGAGUAUUGACGACGCCUUCGCUUCUCUUGAUCUCAACAACGACGGCGUUCUCUCCCGAUCCGAGCUCCGCAAGGCCUUCGAGACCCUCCGCCUAAUCGAGACUCACUUCGGCGUCGACGUUGCUACUACCCCCGAACAACUCACCCAACUCUACGAUUCCAUCUUCGAGCAGUUCGAUUGUGAUAAAAGCGGUACUGUUGAUGCCGAAGAGUUCCGUACGGAGAUGAAGAACAUCUUGCUCGCUAUCGCUGAUGGAUUAGGCUCCUCUCCCAUUCAGAUGGCGCUUGAUGACGGCGAUCGGAGCUUCCUCAAGCAAGCCGCGGAUCUGGAGGCUUCCAAGCUCGGCCAAUCGUCCACCUGAUCGCGAUUGCUACCGGUUUGCUGGUUCCCUUUCGUUUUUCUGCUAAUUUUCUUCAGAUAUGAACAUGUGUGUGAAUCUGAUUUCAGAAUAAAAUAGAUCUUUAUUCGCCGUUUACGGUGGAUGGAAUGAUCGAUUUAGAUUUUAACAUGUAGAGAUUUAGACGAUUAGAUGAAUAAGGACUCUAAUGAUCAAUAUUGCUCUCGUCUUUUUUA